GCUGGACCAGGGUAGAGGGAAGGGUGUGUUCCCAUGGAUGAGUCAAGCCUGCCCAGCAGUGUUGAUGUAGACAAAGGCUUUGCCAUCGCCUUUGUUGUUCUUCUGUUCCUGUUCCUAAUAGUGAUGAUUUUUCGCUGUGCCAAGUUGGUGAAGAAUCCCUAUGAGGCCAGCUCCACAGCCACAGAAACAUCUCUGAGCUGAACUGUGAAGAAGCCUGGUAGACUUUCCUUCUCAGGAGGUUUGAAAUUUUUUAUACAGGCUUUGUUUUUGUUGUUGCUCUUGUUGUUAAUCGAGGCACUGUGGAUUGAACUGAGGACCCUGUGCAUGCUAAGCUCGCGCUCUACCACUGAGCUAUAACCCCCAUCCCUAUGCAGACAUU